UCCAAUCCCUCCAUAUCAUGAGAUUCAGGUGUUCCAAUCUCCCCUCCCAAUCAUGUGAUUCAGGUGUUCCAAUCCCCUCCCAAUCAUGUGAUUCAGAGUGUUCCAAUCCCGCUCCCAAUCAUGUGAUUCAGGUGUUCCAAUCCCCUCCAAUCAUGAGAUUCAGGUGUUCUAAUCCCCUCCCAAUCAUGUGAUUCAGGUUUGUUCCAAUCCCCUCCCAAAUCAUGUAGAUUCAGGUGUUCCAAUCCCCUCCAUACCAUGUGAUUCAGGUGUUCCAAUCCCUCCAUAUAAUGUGAUUCAGUGUUCCAAUCCCUUCCAAAUCAUGAGAUUCUCGGUGUUCCCAAUCCCCUCCAUGGACACAGGUGUCUACACUCAA